AUGAGUGAAGUGCAGGGUAUAAUCACAUAUUUUGAGAAAUAUAGAAUUGAAGGGUUUGAAGCUAGUUUGGAAAUUGCCAAAAACCUUGCACUUGAUAUGAAUAUAGAGCCAACAUUUCCAACAAAGCGUCGUAUCAUUAGAAAGAGGCAAUUUGAUGAAAUUGAGAGUGAAAAUGAUGAUGAGGAACAAUCACCCGAGGAAUCUUUUAGAGUCAAUUAUUUUUUGGUGGUUGUUGAUAUUGCAAUAGCUUCUUUGAAAAAUAGAUUUGAGCAAUUGGAGGUAUUUAAUAACAUAUUUGGUUUUUUGUUUGAUGCAAAAAGUUUGAAAUUGUUGGAUAAUGAUGAUUUGAGAAAAUCCUGCACAAAUUUUAAAACUACCUUUACUCAUAAUAAUUUUUCUGAUGUUGAUGCAGAUGAUCUUUUUUCUGAAUUGAAAGUGUUACAAAUGACUUUGCCAAAUGAUUUGAUGUCAGCAUUUGAAAUCCUUGAAUUUGUCAAAGCUGCAGAUUGCUAUCCAAAUGUUUCCAUUGCAUAUCGAAUCCUAUUAACUAUGUCAGUAACAGUUGCAUCUACCGAAAGAAGUUUUUCAAAGUUGAAGUUACUAAAGAACUAUUUGAGAUCGUCAAUGUCACAAGAAAGGUUGAAUGGUCUAGCUACUUUAUGUAUUGAGAAAAAUAUGUUAGAACAUAUUGAUGUAGAAACGAUUAUUAGUGACUUUGCGUCCAGAAAUGCUCGUAGAAAUAUUUACGUGUGA